UUCAAAUUCCCUGGCAGGUGAGUACAUUCUGUCUGUUCAAAGUUGGGUUCUUGGACAUUGGAAAGAUUUCAUGGCAGGUAGUGGCCUACCAUCUUUAGGUCGCGUAAAGCUAACUGAUCUAGCACCUGCCGAAGGCCUUCCAUCCGAUUCUUACAAGCUAUCGGUUUCGACUUUAACGCAGUCACUGGCUCAAUAUUCUGCUGCCAUUAUUCAGUUUCCGAUGAGUGAUGGAGCUCUUCUACGAGCUGCUUUGGAUUCCGCUCGCCUCUACUUCCAGCAAAAAGCAUCAUAUCCGUCUACAGAUAUGAUAAAUAACAAUGACCCACGCGAUUGGUGCAAGACAUCUGGUUACUACGCGGAUUCCCAAUUGUGGCAAGAAACCUAUGAUUACAGACCUGGUCUAACUCCUUCAGAAUCCAACAACACAAUGGAAUUUCCUCCAGCAGGUCUUCCUGAUAUAUUUGCCUUGCUUGGAAAGGCAGCUAGAGAUAUAUUAGAUGCUAUCAGCUUCUUUUUAAACUUACGCAGCUCGCCCUUUUCUGAAAUACUCGACAAUGUUCCGCUGAGAACUCGGGAAGUAUCAUCUUCAGUGCUGUCUGUCUGCUGUCAUGCAAGGCCAUCAUUUCAGGGAGCACAACACCACAAUUUUGCAACCCAAGAGGACGGCCAACUGGUAAUGUUUUCCGACCAUGAGCAUCAAGUGGACAAAAGCUUGAUAUCUCUGGUGAAGUCAGAUAAGGCUGGUUUACACAUAAAGGACUUUCAGGGUCGUUGGGUUCUGGUGGAUGAAGAUCUUGGUCCUCAGGAGGCCAUUGUUUACCCCGGACUUGCACUUUAUCAGGCAACUGCAGGAUAUGUCAACCCUGCACUGCACAGAACAGAGAUCAGUAAUCUCCAGAGCAACUUGUUCGGGCGGUCUUCUUUAGCUUUCAAACUCAUGCCUAAAUCUAUGACUAGUCUCAGUUGUUCUGAGAUGAGAGCCGCAGGUCAUGGGGUAGAAGCUCAGUUCCAGCUUCCGGUUCCAGUUGACGAUUUUAUGCAGAGAUCUCACCCAACUGAUCAACUCUUUAACAGGCUUAAUGUACAGAAUUUCAACUUCAAUGCGACCCAAGAUGGAUCUAUGAAGCCUUUGGUAAGGAGGAGGAAGAAUGAUUCAAGAACCAAACCUCUGCCACCUUCAAAAAGGUUACGCCUCGAGGCCCAGAGAGUGCUAAAGGAAAGGGUUCAGGACAUUGCAGACAAGAAGGGCAUCAAGCUGAGAUUCUGCAACCUGAAGGAGUGCGAGAAUCACAUUCACACGCUCGAUAGCCCCUGUGCCAGUAUAAGGAUGGAGAUAGGGUGGCCACCUGGAGUACCAUUUGUCCAUCCCCACGAUCUACCAAAUAAGGCAAAGAUUGGUUUUCUUGAAGCGUAUGAACCCGGUUGGACAGCAACUCAUCAUGAUAUGGAAUUAAGUCUAACUGAACCUGGACAACCCAGUCAACACCCGGCUAACUGAAUCGAUCUCCUUCAUUUCCAAUAUGACCAUAAAUGACAGUUUUUGACGGCUGGAAAUUUGCCGAAACUAUCUGUUGAUGAUUCCAGUGUGUCAUAACUGGGACAAGCUUUCUUUGGUGGGGUUCCUUAUCUCGGACCACAGAAAUAAUCUAGACCCAUCAGCGCAUAAUCUCUCAUUUUGUGAGCUCCGAGAAGAGUUUCAGAAGUAAUCAGUUCAAGAGGGUGAAAGAUGAAGAGAGACUUGAAUAGUAGUACAUGCUGACGGUGCAUAUUUAAAAGCUCAUCAGAAAGUUUUGUGAAGAGGGAAUGCCAAUAUUAUUUAAGAACAUUAUUCAAGCAGAAUAUCAGUUAUACAAUUUAUACUUAAUAUCUAUAGGCAGUACUCUCUUCUGUCUGUUAUAUCCAUAAAAUGUUGGCUGUAUAUUUUCGCUGCCUAAGUAGACUACACUGGUUUACGCCAAAACUACGACAUUAUUUCUCCAAAAUAUUUAUUUAUGAAGU